AUGAGUCAAGCCCGGAGGAGCCCGGGCUCCCAGAACGGCGCCUCAUCCUCCCAGAGACGAGGCUGCCGAGACGAGAGGAGGCGGCACCACCAGGGACGCCGGGGUUGGGGUUCGGAAAGUUGGGCGCUGCCGGGGCCUUCGGCGCCGCUGCCCUGGGACGAGGAGCCGGUCGUUAAGUACCGAAUUGUGAAUCAGUGCCUGCGCGCGGCGUCGGACACACCCACGGCCGGGGGAAGGCGAGCUGUCAGAGGAGAUAGGGGGCCAGCCCGCUCCCCAGAGCUCCCGACUUCACAUAUCAGCGACUAUUAUCUCUUCUACAAGAUGAGUAACAGCCACCCACUUCGCCCCUUUACUGCAGUGGGGGAAAUUGAUCAUGUGCACAUUUUGUCUGAACAUAUCGGUGCCUUGUUGAUUGGGGAAGAAUAUGGUGACGUCACAUUUGUUGUGGAAAAGAAACGUUUUCCUGCCCACCGGGUAAUUUUAGCAGCGAGGUGCCAAUAUUUUCGAGCAUUGCUAUAUGGUGGAAUGCGAGAAUCUCAGCCAGAAGCAGAAAUCCCCCUCCAGGACACCACUGCGGAAGCGUUCACGAUGCUACUCAAGUACAUCUACACUGGGCGGGCAACACUGACGGAUGAGAAGGAGGAGGUGCUGCUGGACUUUCUGAGCCUGGCUCAUAAAUAUGGAUUUCCAGAGCUGGAGGAUUCUACCUCUGAGUAUCUCUGCACCAUACUCAACAUUCAGAAUGUCUGUAUGACUUUUGACGUUGCCAGUCUGUACUCACUGCCCAAGUUAACUUGCAUGUGCUGCAUGUUUAUGGACAGAAAUGCUCAGGAGGUGCUCUCAAGCGAAGGCUUCCUCUCUCUUUCUAAGACAGCACUUUUAAACAUCGUAUUAAGAGAUUCAUUUGCAGCUCCCGAAAAAGAUAUUUUCCUAGCCUUGUUCAACUGGUGUAAGCACAAUUUAAAGGAGAAUCAUGCAGAAAUCAUGCAGGCUGUGCGUUUGCCUCUGAUGAGCCUCACCGAACUGCUCAACGUUGUGAGGCCUUCGGGACUGCUGUCUCCUGAUGCCAUUCUGGAUGCUAUUAAAGUUCGAUCAGAGAGCCGGGAUAUGGACCUCAAUUACAGAGGCAUGCUCAUACCAGAAGAAAACAUUGCAACUAUGAAGUAUGGAGCCCAGGUUGUAAAGGGGGAGCUGAAAUCUGCCUUACUAGAUGGUGAUACUCAAAAUUAUGAUUUGGAUCAUGGAUUUUCCAGGCAUCCAAUUGAUGAUGACUGCCGUUCUGGCAUUGAGAUUAAGCUAGGUCAGCCGUCCAUUAUCAACCACAUACGGAUACUCCUGUGGGACCGCGACAGCCGGUCUUAUUCAUACUUCAUUGAAGUGUCCAUGGAUGAACUUGAUUGGAUCAGAGUGAUUGAUCAUUCACAGUAUCUGUGUCGUUCUUGGCAAAAGUUAUAUUUUCCAGCCCGUGUCUGCAGAUAUAUUCGAAUAGUUGGGACUCACAACACAGUGAACAAGAUUUUUCACAUUGUGGCUUUUGAAUGCAUGUUUACAAACCAAACCUUCACUCUCGAGAAGGGCCUGAUAGUUCCCAGGGAGAAUGUUGCAACGAUUGCUGAUUGUGCCAGUGUGAUUGAAGGAGUCAGUCGGAGCCGAAACGCCUUGCUGAAUGGGGACACCAAGAAUUAUGAUUGGGAUUCUGGCUACACAUGCCAUCAGCUAGGAAGCGGGGCCAUUGUGGUUCAGCUGGCACAGCCAUACAUGAUUGGGUCAAUACGGUUAUUACUUUGGGACUGUGAUGAUCGGAGCUACAGCUACUACAUUGAGGUUUCCACCAACCAGCAACAGUGGACCAUGGUGGCCGACAGAACUAAAGUCUCCUGCAAGUCCUGGCAGUCGGUAACUUUUGAAAGACAGCCUGCCUCCUUCAUCCGAAUCGUUGGAACACACAACACAGCAAAUGAGGUGUUCCACUGUGUCCACUUCGAGUGUCCGGAGCAGCAGAGCAGCCUGAAGGAGGAAACCAGCGAGGAGCCGGGGACAGGGGACACCAGCCCGGCCAGUCAGCCGCUUGAGCCCCGCGCCCUGCAGGCCCCCGGCGGCGGCUCCCUGCCCUCCAGCCCGGCCUCUCGCUCAUCCGGCCGGCAGCACCAGUAACGGGCACCCUGUCCCCAGCAGGGCUUUGUCACUGCCCCGCCCCUUCCUGCGGGGAGCAGGCCCGGCGGCAGAGACAGACACGGAGCAGGUUUGCUCCCAGGACGGGAAGGGGCCGCUUUGUUCCCCUCAGUUCGUUCCCAUCAGGCUGGUCUCCAGGGGGAGACAAUGGCCUUCAGUCUUCAUCAGUCCGGCGUUCACACCCUACCUCUCCAGUCUCACCAGGCCCAGAGCAGGCGCGAGUGGGCGGGCAGGGGGCGCCCUUUGAGAAAUGGGUUUCCUUCAUGUCUCCUCCUGAACACGUCACCCUGGCAACUGAAUGGCUUUUUAUUUCUUUUAGUUACUCCCUGUCUGCGGAAUCAUAGGUGUUCGUGUCUUUUUGAAAUGCUCAAACGGCGCUUGUUUUAACCCCUUUGACACUAAUUGUCCUUCCUUAGUUUUGAGCGGUUAAGCGUGGGGCGCAGCGAGAAGCACGUGCCACCUCCCCAGGGCUGACAGGGACUCCUCCGAGGAAGUUCAGCAAAACACAGGCACUGAGCAGCGGGCACUGAGCAGCCUGGCACUGAGCAGCGGGCACUGAGCAGCGGGCACUGAGCAGCCUGGCACUGAGCAGUGGGCACUGAGCAGCGGGCACUGAGCAGCGGGCACUGAGCAGCCGGGCACUGAGCAGCAGGCACUGAGCAGCCAGGCACUGAGCAGCGGGCACUGAGCAGCGGGCACUGAGCAGCGGGCACUCUCUGGGCUGCCGGGUCACGGACCUGUCUGUCUGCGGUGCAUCUGCCUCGGGAGGGGCAGGAGCGUCCUGUGCGCGUGCUGAUGACGCUCAGAUGCCUGUGGAACCUGCACACCCCCAGUUGGCUGGGCCUGUCUGCCAGUCGCCAGUGGGGCCGCGAGCAGGACGGGCAGGAAUGCAGGCCUGGGGCUGGCGCGGCCCUGGUCAUCCUCCAUCCUCCAGUUCCGAGACACUUUCCUCCUCACUGCGCCAUCCGUCUCGCGGCUCACUCAGCGGAGCUGCUGUGUCUGUCAUCUCCAUUGGGUUCCCUUGUAACUCGAUCAGAUUCCUGUCGCUGUUUCCUCUCUGCAGCUCUCCCUUGGCUGGCUGCCCACUCCCCUGAAGCUCCCCCAGACCAGAGUCCUGCACACCCUGUGGCCGCUGGGGGGCGCUUACAGGGGUCCUUUCUCUGGCGUCUUAAAGACAUGGUGGUUUGGCUGUACAAAGAGCAGGGUCGGUCCGAGUGACUGGGGACAGUGGGGGCCUGUGGAUGAAGGACUGGAGCACGCUGGGAGGAGCGGGAGGAGCGGCCCCCAGUCUCCCUGCUCCUCGCGCUCCUACCUGCCCUCCUCCCCAGCCUGUGCGCAUCCAGCCCCGGCCCCUGUGGGCGCAUUCCUGCCCACGGAGCACCCCGCCUGCCACACAUGGGCAGCAGGUGAGUGCAGACGCUUUCAAAGGCUCACCUGUCGAAGGGCCUCUUGGUAAACGCUGACGUCACCUGUCCAGGGAGGAAGUUCACAGCGAGGACCCGGGGACAUGGGGUGGCCCGCUGCCCACACAGCACACCCCCAGCCAGGCCCCAGCCGCCUCCCCCUGAAGGGGCGCAGACUGUGUCAGAGCAUUGGGCCCAGCGGUCCCUCCCCGCCAGGCCCCCCUGCCCCCUCCCCGCCAGGCCCCCCCUCCCCACCAGGCCCUCCUCCCUCCUCCCCACCAAACCCCCCUCCCCCCUCCCUGCCAGGCCCCCCUCCUCCCUGCUGUGUCCUGGAGACCCCCUUGGAGUGUGACUUCUGCUGUAGGUCUGUCUUGAGAGAAUGGAAUCGGUCCCCCCGCCUCUGGCACUUCAGCGGCUCCUACUAUCGGAGGAAGGGAAGGAAGGGGAAACCGAGGCAGUCUGAGGACAUGGUGGCAGGGAGACAGCUGGCCUCGCCCACACGUGUCUGGAGGCCUCAUGGGCAUGGACGCUGCUCUGCGUCCAGAGGAGCUCAGCAAACGCUGUGCAGCUGCCCCCUGGACCAGGCAGGGGUCUGCCCUCCUGAUGGCCUCCUGACUGGGGAGCAGGGGGCUGCAGGGGCUGGAGACCCCCCUGGAGGCCUCUCACAGCGCACAGGCCAGACCGAGGCCUGCACCUCCAGGGGGCGACGGCGAGUCACCAGACGCCUGCCCCACUGCUGUUCUCCAGCCUGCGGGGGACCUCUCCCCUGCGGCCACCUGGACCGAAACGCCCCCCAAACAGGAAGAGACCAAGGGGGCCUCCUGGGUUGCGGGUGCAAGCUGGGCAGCACUCUGCUGGGCGGGUUCCUGGACACCCGGUUUGAGGAAGGAGCCUGGGCCGGGCCGUGGCAGGGCAGGGCAGGGCUGGUGUGGGACCCGGCUCCCUCGCCUCUAUGAGGACACGGCCUGGCUGGUGUCCGGGUUGAGUAAAGGUCAGGUGAGGCUGGACCCUCA